AUGCGCUUGAGCAAGAGUUUACGUUGCACACAUAGCGCUGCAGUGCGCGCAGUUUACAAACACGACCAGCGAACUACAACUUGGGUGCUCACUGCUCACUCUCGAGGCGACAUCGAGGCGGGACGCAAGUCAAUACUGAAGGUCUCGCGAGAUAUGAAGCUUGUCAACUGUUGGAAAUUCUCGAAACCGCAUUUGCGAGCGGCGAUGCAACUGGUGUUCUUAAUGCUGGCUCUGCACUCUGUGUAUUGCUUGCCUCAGGAGAGCAGGGUAGAUGAGGACUUCGACAACGAUAGUAAUCCGACCCAACCAAAUCCCAAAUUUUCUUUUGAUCAAAAUCCAAGUCCGCUGGGAUCCCAGAAUGACAAAUUGCUGCAAGAUCACCCCAACGAAACCAACAGUCACGGAGGAGGUUUGGUUGAGCCACAAGAAGGAUCCAAUGAUAGCAGCACCAAGUCAUCCUACGAAGAGCUGGAAGAAGACGAUGGAACCGACCCGAACUUAACCGAAAAUGAGUCAGAUGAUGACAAUGAUAGCGGCCCUAACUUAUCCGGAGAAGUUUUGGAGGAUGACAAUGAUACAGGCACGAACUCGUCCAAAGAAAUGUUUGAUGAAGGCUAUGAAAAUGGCUCUAACUCAACCGACCCGAACUCAUCCGACGAAGAGUUGGAAGUAGCCACAGACGCCAACCAUUUGCACCGUAAGGGAUUUUCGAAAUACAAAUAUGAACUGGACAAAAUAAAAAAUCCUGCUCUCUUUUCCAGCCCGCAAUGGCUUGCUUAUUCAAAAGGACCAUUUUUUCUGGACCCUUUAGCAGAGAUCACAGCCUUACUCGACAGCCAUUCUAUCUCAAUCGUUGCUGAAUAUCAGUGUCUGUUGUAUGGCAUUUGUUCUAUAAAAUGACCCUAUUCUAAAGCCUCAACCCAUGACAACAACAUAUAAUUACAGUAACGUCAAUUUUGCGGGUCCUUUGACCGUAUCGACUCGUCAAUGUUAGUGCACCUAAUUUAUUGGUUCCUUACAUCCACCUAUUAAUUUCCUUCACUUUGUUUCACAUUAAAUGCAUACUAAUAUCAGUUUGAAUUAUAGGACUGAAUGACAAUCGAAUGCAAUGUAUGUAUAAGCUGUGAUUUACGAACCAUUGUUGUGUAGUUUGAUUCCAUUAUUCCGCAACCAUGUCAUAAGUUCGUGAAGCAGGUGCAUGGUCAUACCUGCCGUAUUUAGGACAACGCU